AUGCAUUGGAUCCUGAAAAUGAUGGGACGUCUUUCUCUGCUGAUUCUGCUCUCCUGCUGGGUGUCUGAGUCUGCUGCUGCAGCAGUGCUCAAUACAGACACAACACAUGAAGUUGGAGACUGGACAGAGAAUGAUAAUGAGAUUCAGAACUACAGUACCCAGACUGCAUCAGGGGCCUGUCAGCUCAGCACCUGUGAGCUCCUGCUGAGAGAGCUGGGGGCCAUGCAGGAGAAGAUGAGGACUAUGGAGGCCAAGCUGGAGGCUAGCGAGAGCAGCGCACAGGAGCUGGUGUCCCUCAAGAGCAAGCUAAUGGCUACUGAGGAGAAAACAGGAAUCAUGGAGGCAAAGCUGCAAGCAUACAAGCAUGAGAUUGAAGAACUAAAGAAAGAAAACAGAGUCGUGGCUUUUUCUGCCUCUGUGGGACAUCAUGGGCAUACAGGACCAUAUAAUGUUGAGAAAACCCUAGUGUAUAAAAAUGUCAUCACCAACAUUGGUAAUGUGUACAACCCAGCUACAGGUAUAUUUACUGCACCAGUGAGAGGAAUGUAUUUUUUCAGCAUUUAUUAUCAUGCCUCAACGGGAAACGAUGGACGCCUUAGCUUAAAAAAGAAUGGUCAGAUGCUAGCAACUGCUUCCCAUGCUCGGGUUAACAGUGGGACAGAUAAUGGAUCUAAUGGUGUCACUGUGCAGAUGGAAGUGGGAGAACAGGUGUACGUUAUUCUUCAUAGCAAUACCUGGGUCUGGGAUGGUAUUAAUCAAGACACUAUCUUUAGUGGGUUUCUAAUCAGCACUAACUAG